AUGAAGGGUUGGCUGUGGAUUGCCUGUUUGGUGCUCGUCCUGGUCGUUCUGCUGUCGGUCGAUGAUGGUGAAGCCAGGGGCAGUCGACGCCGCCGCUCGUACAGGCUACCUCCGCCGAAGAUCAUCUCUCAGGAGACGAGCAGUUCUGAGGAGACGAAGCUACCUCCGCCGAAGAUCAUCUCUCAGGAGACGAGCAGUUCUGAGGAGACGAAGUUACCUCCGCCGAAGAUCAUCUCUCAGGAGACGAGCAGUUCUGAGGAGACGAAGCUACCUCCGUCGAAGAUCAUCUCUCAGGAGACGAAGCUACCUCCGCCGAAGAUCAUCUCUGAGGAGACGGGCAGUUCUGAGACGUCGAAGCUACCUCCGCCGAAGAUCAUCUCUCAGGAGACGAGCAGUUCUGAGGAGACGAAGCUACCUCCGCCGAAGAUCAUCUCUCAGGAGACGAGCAGUUCUGAGGAGACGAAGCUACCUCCGCCGAAGAUCAUCUCUCAGGAGACGAGCAGUUCUGAGGAGACGAAGCUACCUCCGUCGAAGAUCAUCUCUGAGGAGACGAGCAGUUCUGAGGAGACGAAGCUACCUCCGCCGAAGGUCGUCUCUCAGGAGACGAGCAGUUCUCAGACGUCGAAGCUACCUCCGCCGAAGAUCAUCUCUCAGGAGACGAGCAGUUCUGAGGAGACGAAGCUACCUCCGCCGAAGAUCAUCUCUCAGACGUCGAAGCUACCUCCGCCGAAGAUCAUCUCUCAGGAGACGAGCAGUUCUGAGGAGACGAAGCUACCUCCGCCGAAGAUCAUCUCUCAGGAGACGAGCAGUUCUGAGGAGACGAAGCUACCUCCGCCGAAGAUCAUCUCUCAGGAGACGAGCAGUUCUGAGGAGACGAAGCUACCUCCGUCGAAGAUCAUCUCUGAGGAGACGAGCAGUUCUGAGGAGACGAAGCUACCUCCGCCGAAGAUCAUCUCUCAGACGUAGAAGCUACCU